AUGAAGGGCAGCCCUUUGUCCCCAUUGACAGUGGGGUCAUUGAGUGUGGCAACAUCACCAGAGCCUGAGGCUGGGGCUGCAGCAGUGGCAUCACCUCAGGAUGGUCCAUCUAAUUCACACAUGAAGGUAAAACCACAUCCAAUUACCAAGGAAUCCAAGGUGGAUGAGGGUGGGAAGAUGGAUGUGGCUGUGAAGAGUGCUGUCUCCCCUAGUUUAGAUAAUGUCCCUGUGGAAAUAGUACAGGAAGACUUGCCUUUGGAGGUGAUGCAGGAUGAUGGGCCAGUAGGAGAUUGA